AUGAAGUCAUCCUCAGAGCUUAGCUGGGUGCAUUCUAUCAUUGAUAUAUCUGGUGGUGGGUUAAGUAUGACACCUGGCUCUUCUUCGUUAGGUACAACAUCACAUGAAGAGUCGACAAACAAAAAACAUUUUGGUAUUCCAUAUACAUUUGCCGAUAGUAUUAGUAGAGAAGAAUAUGUGCCCCGUUGGGUUUCCAUUGGUCCAUUGUACUACGGAAAAUCUCGGUAUGCAGGCAUGGAGAAUUUCAAGCGCAAAGCAGUGAGGGAAUUGUUACUCUUGAAUAAUAAUUGCUCAUCAGACGAGGAGCUAGCAUCCGUUGAAAAAGUGUAUAGAAGUGUUGAACAAGACUUGCGUAGUGCUCGGGAUCUUUAUGGUAGAAAUAAAAUUUCAGACAGUGAGUGGUGUCAGAUGAUGUUCCGCGAUGGCUGCUUUAUUAUUUACUUCAUCAUUAGUACUGGCAAGAGGAGCUGGUUGAUGAACCGCGAUAGAGAUUUGGUGUGGCGUGACAUUUUAUUGCUUACAAAUCAAUUGCCUUUCCAGCUUAUAGAGGUGUUAGCACGCGCAUUCAAAUGUAAAGAGUUUACUGAUUUCCAGCUUCCAAUUCCUCCUGUACUUGAUAAUUAUAUCCACAAAGGUUUCCUUUAUAGGCCUCCAAAUCCUGUACAUCUUCUUCAAUAUUAUAUAGACCUGUGGACGUAUGUUUUAUUUAAAUAUGACAAAGGAGAAGCAGAAGAUCAUCAACCUUUCUCAGUCACAGAUUUGAAGAAAGUAGGUAUUCGAUGCAGCUCUGCCAUAUCAGAUCAUCGCAAAGACAUCCAUCUUAAAUCAUCUAUCUUAUCAGGGAAGUUAUUCCUUCCAAAACUAAUUAUCAACGAAUCGACUAUGACCCUUUUGAAAAAUAUAGUUGCUUAUGAAAAAUUUUACCGCUAUGAGGAUACAUUCUUUACGAUCUCAUCUUACUUGAAUUUCAUGAGUAUGUUAAUAAAUGGAGAGGAAGAUGUUAAGGAGCUGCAAGCCAGGGGAGUAAUCCAGAUCAACCUCAAAUUUAGUGAUGAUCAAGUGAUUAACUUCAUGAGAGAUAUAACAACACAUCAUGUCUACAAUCCUCAAGCUUUUAAGUAUGUCAAACGACAGAUUUCUACUUACUGCAAAAGUAAAAAUCUUUUCCCUCUACGAGUUGGCUAUGCUGAAUUUAAGCAAAGGUACUUUAGUGGUCCAUGGAGUUUCCUUGUGUUCCUUGCUAUUAUUUUCACAGUUAGUAUGACUGUAAUUCAGACUGUCUUCACAGGCAUUCAGACAUACAAAAAAAACUAA